GGCGGGGGCUUUUGGGAGUUGUAGUCGCUAGGGGCGGGCACUGUCGGUAAGGAGACGUAGCUUUCCUUGGGGUCCGCUACUGCAGUUGGCUCUGGGCUGGAGCCGCUGGGUCAGUUUGCUGCUCUCCUCGUCACGGGGCUUCUGACGCUGAAGCAGUGCUUUCCUUUUCUCGGGCUCUCCCUCACUGGCGCUCCGUGCUCUUUGCCCCCGCAGUCCAUAUUUCUUCCUAGUCCUCUCCCUCUGUGGUCCAUCUCCAGCGCCCGGGCUUAGGUGGGACUCGCCCUCGAGGAGAGGCAGGGCCGCGACCUUCUCAGCCCCGUCCCAGCCCUGCAGGGACCUUUCUCUUCGUUUCCUCACACCAGGUAUGGAAGCUUCCUGGCGCCAGGUGGCCGGUGGCCGAGGCCGAGCCCGAGGGCGGGCCACUGCGGUCCCCUCCUCGGGAAAUGGAGUCCGUCUCCGUGGCGCCGGAGGAGGUCGGGAGAAGCGGUCGGUGGACGCCGCUCGUCCUGGCCCCAGCCCAGCAGGAACCGUGGCCGCUGGGACUGCAGGUGGCUCAGCAGGGAACGGCCCUGCCGGAUCUGAAGCACUGCGGACUUCCGUAGCCAGUGAGUUAAUGUCGCAGAGGAAAUUUGAGGAAAUCAAGAAGGCUAAUCAAGCUGCAGCCAAAAAACUUGUUGAAGAACAUUUUAGCUCUUCAUCUGAAGAUGAAGGAGAUGACGAUUUUGAAGGAAAACAGAGGAAAAUAGUUGCUAAUACUUUUAUAACAUACACUACUCAGACAGAUGGAGAUACACGUGAAUUAGAACGAACAAAACAGUAUGUAAAUGAAGCAUUUCAAGCAGGGGCUAUGACAUGCUUAAUUUGUAUUGCUUCAGUGAAGAGAAACCAAGCAGUCUGGAGCUGUUCAGGAUGUUUCUGUAUAUUUCACAUGCCUUGUAUCCAGAAGUGGGCUAAGGACAGCCAGUUUCUUGUAUCUUCUUUGACUGAUGAUGACUUUGAAAAUAGAGAUUAUCCCUGGCCUUGUCCAAAAUGUAGGUUUGAAUACAAACGAUCUGAAAUGCCUAGUAGGUACUAUUGCUAUUGUGGAAAAGUAGAAGAUCCACCUUUAGACCCGUGGCUGGUGCCUCAUUCAUGUGGCCAAGUAUGUGAGAGAGAAUUUAAACCUCCUUGUGGCCAUAAAUGUUUACUCCUCUGUCAUCCAGGUCCCUGUCCUCCUUGUCCAAAGAUGGUCACAACUACUUGUUACUGUAAGAAAGCAAAACCAAUCCCUCGUAGGUGCAGUGCCAAGGCAUGGUCCUGUCAGCUGCAGUGUGGGCGGAAGUUGCUUUGUGGACAACAUAAGUGCGAAAAUCCUUGUCAUGCAGGGAAUUGUCAGCCUUGUCCAAGAGUUAGUAGACAGAAGUGUGUCUGUGGCAAAAAAGUAGCUGAAAGAAGUUGUGCAAGUCCACUGUGGCACUGUGAUCAAGUAUGUGGGAAAACACUGCCAUGUGGUAAUCAUACAUGUGAACAAGUUUGCCAUGUUGGAGCUUGUGGAGAAUGUCCUCGAUCUGGGAAGAGGUUCUGUCCAUGUCAGAAAUCAAAGUUUUCUUUGCCUUGUACAGAAGAUGUGCCAACAUGUGGAGACAGUUGUGACAAAGUACUUGAAUGUGGAAUCCAUAGAUGUUCACAGCGUUGUCAUCGAGGUCCUUGUGAAACAUGUAGACAAGAAGUGGAAAAGCAUUGUCGCUGUGGAAAGCAUACAAAGCGAAUGCCGUGCCAUAAGCCUUACCUGUGUGAAACUAAGUGUGUUAAGAUGCGUGACUGUCAGAAGCAUCAGUGUAGGAGAAAGUGUUGCCCUGGAAAUUGUCCUCCUUGUGAUCAAAACUGUGGGCGGACUUUAGGAUGUAGAAACCAUAAGUGUCCAUCUGUCUGCCACAGAGGCAGUUGCUAUCCCUGCCCAGAAACUGUAGAUGUUAAGUGCAAUUGUGGUAUUACAAAAGUGACAGUACCCUGUGGGCGAGAACGUACCACAAGACCACCCAAGUGCAAAGAGCUGUGCAGUCGACCACCAACUUGCCAUCACACAAGUCAAGAAAAACAUCGCUGUCACUUUGGCUCUUGUCCUCCAUGUCAUCAGCCUUGCCAAAAAGUUUUGGAGAAAUGUGGUCACUUGUGUCCUGCUUCAUGUCAUGAUCAAGCAUUAAUAAAGCAAACUGGCAGGUACCAGCCUACAGGCCCUUGGGAGCAGCCUUCUGAGCCAGCGUUUAUUCAGACUGCAUUACCUUGCCCUCCAUGUCAGGUUCCUAUUCCUAUGGAAUGUCUUGGGAAACAUGAGAUAAGCCCACUACCAUGCCAUGCUGUAGGACCGUACUCUUGUAAGAGAGUUUGUGGACGAACCUUAGAUUGUCAGAAUCAUACUUGUAUGAAAGAAUGCCAUAAAGUAACUGUAAUUGAUGAUUGCACAGGCAAAAAUAAGGCUGGCCCAGAAUGCUUGCAUUGUGAGGAAGGGUGCUCUAAAUCACGGCCACUGGGUUGUCCUCAUCCCUGUGUUUUGCCCUGUCACCCUGGAGAAUGUCCUCCUUGUAUGCAGAUGGUUAGAAUAAAAUGUCACUGCAAGAUCACAAGCCUAUAUGUGGAAUGUAGAAAAAUAACCACAGCUGAUGUAAAUGAAAAGAAUCUCCUCAGUUGUUGCAAAAAUCAGUGCCCUAAAGAGCUUCCUUGUGGUCAUAGAUGCAAAGAGAUGUGCCAUCCUGGUGAAUGUCCUUUUAAUUGCAAUCAGAAGGUAAAACUUAGAUGUCCCUGCAAGAGAAUAAAAAAGGAUUUGCAGUGCAAUAAAGUACGUGAAAAUCAGGUCUCAAUAGAGUGUGAUGCAACAUGCAAGGAAAUGAAGCGGAAAGCCUCUGAGAUAAAAGAAGCAGAAGCCAAAGCUGCUCUUGAAGAGGAAAAACGAAGACAGCAGGCUGAACUGGAGGCUUUUGAAAAUAGACUGAAAGGUCGUCGCAAGAAGAACAGGAAAAGAGAUGAAGUGGCAGUUGAGUUAUCACUGUGGCAAAAAUACAAAUAUUAUCUCCUUCCAGUGUGUGGAGUUGUGGUUGUAGUAUUUGCAUGGUACAUCACUCAUGAUGUGGAUUAAAAAGUUUUGAUCUUUUAAUAUACCUCAGAUUAAAUUUAGAUGAAUUGUUACAUUUAGAAUACUAGAAAGUAUAUAUUGUAGAACAUGACAUAAUUCACGUUCAUCUCUGUAGUCUCUUCCAGCUGUUAGAAGGACAGAAUGUUAAGCUUUAUCUUAAUUAGUGUACUAGAAAGGGCAAUAUAACAGUGUUUAAGGUAAAAAGCAUGACUUAAACUUAUAAAAAAUAUUUAUUAGGCUUAGCUUGUGGCAGAAUAACAUGUUAGUUGUUCACUGUGUUUCCUUGUGUUAACUUAGUUGUUUUAUUUAAUAUUUCAAAUCAACUUUUUUUUUCUUUUUUGUAAAAUUAAGAUGAAACUAAGCCAUAUAUGCAGACAGGAAUAUUUCUCAAUGUUUUAUGUACUUACUAGAAGAAACUUUUCUUGAUCAUGGAACUUUGUACUUUUUUAAAAAGUGAUUCUCUAAAAGACCUUAAAUUGUAAAACGGAUUCCAGAAGUUGAUUUACUAGUGAGGAAUUUGUAUCAGCCACUGAUAUAAAUUUUCGUGUAGUAUGUUCCUCAGAGGAAAAUGUAAUUGUUAUUAACAAAUGCCAGACUAGAUUCCUCACACGUGGCUAUUUCUUGUGUUGUAAGAAGCUUUUAACUGAAGUUGGCAUGUUUUGUAAAACUUUGUGUCUUUUCAAAAUCAUAAUAAAAGGAAACUAAUAUUUAUGAGCAAUACGUGCUGAGCACAG